AUGAGCUCUGCAUUGUCUACCGGACUGUCCGCCACCACCAGCACCGCCUCUAUCCGGCCCACCGUCGCGGGAACUCCCCACUCUGACAUCCCAACAGUCAUUGAGACCCCUCCAUCGGCGACCGCCACCGUCUCUCCCGACGUCUACCAGCGCAACCUGCAGGAGGCCCGCGAGUACAACAACAUCUUUGCAACCCUGGCCGAGCAGUCGGCCUGCACGCGGGGCCAGACGGCAUGCGUUGCCGGAGGGCUCGGAAUCUGCAACAACGGGGAGGCUUUCGAGGUGAUUCCUUGUCGGGACCCCGGCACGGCUUGCUUUGCCCUGCCCAUGAACACGACCGAGGGGCAUGGUGCCGAGUUCGUCGGCUGCUUCGUCUACUUCGGUUGGUUCGUCGACCAGCUCGACUGCGUCGUCGGCGGGUGCUACUGUGUCGACUACAUCAACCGAGUUAACAUCGUCGGCAAUCUCCGGCUCUUCGCAAUUCCCCAGCCUCUCCGCAACAGCCAGCACGACCGGCCUGAUAGUCAAUCCCAUCCCGACCAGGCCAUCUUCCUUAUCGUCCACUUCUGCCUUGACAUUUACGUCUACCUUGGGAUCGUCUUCGACCUCGAAGUCUACUUCUAG